UCAAAGAGUAGGAAUGUUCAGGUGGCUGGGGUUCCCACUAGAGAGGCAAGGGUCAACAUGGCAACGACAUUCAGCAGUGAUGGAGCUGACCUGAUGCAGCGGAUGGUAACUCCUGUGGGAGUAGGUGGACAUCCCCCAACCGUGGGGCUAGAAGAGUACUAUGAACUGGACAGAACAAUUGCAUUUGUACUGGAUAACAAGUUUACAAAGGUUGCUCUUCAAUUUCCUGAUGAGCUCUUGUCCGAUUCAGCAACUAUUGCUGCCAAGAUGGAAGAAACGACUGGUUCAAAAAUUUACAUUCUAGGGGACACAUCAUAUGGCAGCUGCUGUGUGGAUGAAGUGGCAGCACAGCACGUGAAUGCCGGGGCUGUGGUGCACUAUGGUCCAGCCUGCUUGAGUCCUUGCUGCAAGCUGCCGGUGCUGCAUGUGUUUGGCCGACAACCGCUGGAUGUGAUGCGCUGUGCAGAAGUCUUCCAGGAACUGCAUCCUGACCUUCAAGCUCAUGUUAUUGUGCUGAGUGAUGUGGCCUAUUCUCAUGCCAUUGAUAACUUGGCCUCUCAGCUGCACCCUAUCUACCCCAAUGUGAUUUUCUCUCAAGUGGAUACCAAAGAGACUCUUUCCUCAGCUCAGCCAGAUUCUGUGCAGGUGCAUCAAUUUGGUCGGCACUUCACAGUGGAUGAACAGCAUGGUCUUGCCAACUAUUGUAUGUUCUAUGUGGGUUCUGAGGGCCCAGAACUCACAAACUUUAUGCUAAGCUGGAACCAAUCUCCUUUCAGUUCUUUUAAUCCUAAAACAGGUGAAGGAAGGCGGGAAACACUGGAUGUAAACCGGGCUCUCCGACGGCGCCUCUAUCUAGUAGAGCGGGCACGGGAUGCCCAAGUAGUGGGCAUUGUGGUGGGCACUCUUGGUGUGGCAAACUACUUGUCUGUGCUGGAGCAUCUGCAAGGAAUCAUUCACCAGGCUGGCAAACGAGCCUAUACACUGGCUGUAGGUAAACCCAGCCCUGCAAAACUGGCAAACUUUUUGGAAGUGGACAUCUUUGUAUUAGUGGCCUGUCCUCAGAACUCCUUGCUGGACUCCUCUGAUUUCUACCGUCCCCUGGUCACACCCUAUGAGAUGGAGAUGGCUUGCAAUCCAGCACGGGCCUGGACUGGCAGAUACGUCAUUGACUUCUGUUGCCUGCUACCAGGAGCAAGCGAACACAUCCCCAUUCCAGACAAGAUUUCAGAUUCUGACAGUCAACCUGACAUUUCUCUAAUCACUGGGGAGAUGCGCUCAACUUGUCUCUACACUGCACCAGACUCAGAGCCAACAUCUGGUGCCGCUGUGAUCUGCCGCAGCCACAUCCAAACUGUGGCUCAGAUUAGUCCAGCAGCCUCAUUCCUGGAGUCACGCAGCUGGAGAGGGCUGGAGCAGAAGCUUGGCCAGACAGCAGUCACGAAAUCAGUACCAGGACGCCGGGGGGUUGCUAUUGCCUAUGAAGAUGAAUCCUGCAGGUGAUGCGAAGUCAUGGAGAAUCCAGAGACUGUGGGGCAGAGAGUCACUUACUUUACUGUGGUUGUACUGGAGGGGGUAAAAAAGGUAUGGCUUCCACUUGAAAGCUACUCACUUUAACUGCCUCUCACAGCCAUCUUUGGACAAGUGUGAAAAGUAGGAGUGCCAGGCCUCGCAUGG